AUGUCGACAUCGUUUCAGAAAUCGUCGACACGCCGCCGAGUAAAAGUGAGUUUGGUGUUUUUGACUUCUGCUAGAAGUGGUAGUAAAAGAAACGGCGAAGCUCAGGUUAAAAACCCCCGUUGCUUAAACCCUAAUCGGAAAAUCUCUCCGCAGUAUCUCCCCGACUCUCUCAUGGGGUUCUUCGACCUGAGCAUACCGUACAGCCAUAGGCCAUCAUCUGGCGGGAAGGAAGUCUUCGCCGGAGAAAAAUCGCGCGUAAAGCUCGCGACGAAAGCCAUGGAACUGGGCUAUGUUGGCAUCGCACACAACCGUUCGAUCGAAGGCGUGAUGUCGAACAAGGACUGUUGUACGAUCCCUCUCCUCACACUUGGAUCUCUCGUCAAGGCCGCUCCGCGAUUAGCUUCUUCCGUCGGAUUCCAUCGCGACUUACUCGGCGUUGAUAUUAUUUCGAUUGAUUUCGACAAGAUGCCAUUCCGAUUGAAUCAUUCCAUGGUCAAAUCUGCUAUUAAGCGAGGGAUUUACUUUGAGAUCAAGUACUCUGAUCUCUUAAAAGAUGCACUGAAGAGGAGACAAGUUAUAUCGAAUGCUAAGUUACUGGUGGAUUGGACUAAGGGGAAGAAUGUGAUUAUAUCGAGUGGUGCUUCUUCAGUCGCAGAAGUUAAAGGUGCUUCUUCAGUCGCAGAGCUUAGAGGUCCCAACGAUGUUGUAAAUCUCAUGUCCUUGCUUGGACUCUCUACGGAUAGAGCCAGAGCUGCCAUUUCAAAAAACUGUGGGAAUAUGAUAGCCAAGGUUUUAAAGAAGAAGCGGUUUCACAAAGAAGCUGUCAAGGUUGAGUCACUGUCGUCUAGUGAAGCCUUUAGCCUCGAAAAGCCUCUGUCUGGAGAUUGCAUGAAAUGGGACCCCCUGUCAAGUGAUGAAGGUGACAUGCUUUUGGAUGAUAUCGCAAAGGCUUUUGAUGCCACGCGUGCUGUGGCGCAGAAACCCUCAAAGGCGAUUGAUUUCACCUCUGUUCUUAAGGGCUUGCCAUCACAUGGUUUCCGGAUUAAGGAUGUUGUAGGAGCUGAACCUUUGAUUCAGCCACCUGCGGCUAAGACGAUUGACGCGUCAGUGCAGAGUAAUAAUCAAGUUUCUGAAGUAUGUAUGGCUGAUUCAGCUUCAUCUGAUGACAAUCUUCGGGGAAAUGAAACCAUUAGCCAAAUUAACAUGGUGAUAUCUGACAACAAAGUGGAACCUAGAACAAUGGCCCCCCUGAGGAAAUGCAGCACCAGUCGAGGACAGGGGUUUCUGGUGCAAGAUCAAGCAGCAGCUGCAUCCUUAACGCUGAGAAGAUGUACAAACUCAGAUGUAGCUUCUGAUGUGAGCAUGAAGACUGAUGCAGCUUCUGAUGUGAGCGUGAAGACUGAUGCAGCUUCUGAUGUGAACCUGAAGACUGAUGCAGCUUCUGAUGUGAACAUGAAGACUGAUGCAGCUUCUGAUGUGAACAUGAAGACUGAAUUGGAUUCAGAAGAUAAAUCAAUGCCACCAUCAAAACGCGGUCACUGGAUCCCACAAAGUCCUGUUGAAAACUUAAACAUGGAAACUAUUGUUGUGGAUGAUAAAGUCUCCCGAGACAGCAACGAAGGAGCUAUUUCUGGUCAUGCGAAUACUGAGCACUCUGCAUCCAUUGAUGGUGAUGAUGAUGAGAUGAAAAUCAAUGAUGGUUCAUCGGAAGCAAAUCACGAUGAGUACAUGGAAGUGGAGGUGGAAGACCAAAAGCAUGAAACAGGUGACAGUAAUAUUAAUCUUCCUAACUUAUCCUCUGAGACUAGCGAUUUGCUAAGAGAAUCAGGUAACUCUCUCAGUCCUGAGGCGGUUGGACAAGACCAGGAACAAGUAUCAAGGUUAGAGUCCAUUGAGGCAGAGCUUGGGGAAGAGCCACCGGUUCCAUACCACAGCAUCUCUGAGACAACGAUGGAAGACAAGAAGGAAAGCGUGGUAGAAACCGAAACUAAUGUCCAGUCCUCUGAAAGAAACAAUGCCACAAACUCAGGUAAGGGGAUACCUAAGAGGAGUAGAGUUCGAUUAGCGCAGCUAGGGCCUUACAAGCCUUUUCUACUUCAUUCACGUUUCAAACGAAUCAGUAAAAGAGGAAAACAUAGAAGAAGAGCUUGAUUAUUCUUAAACGCUAGAUAAGUUUUGCUCGUUAAUUUAUACCCACGCGAACUUUGUGGAUUUAUUAUUCUUGAACAGUAUAAGUGGGGGAAAAGAAAAAAUCUAGUUCAUUUUUAAAAGUUUAGGGUUGGUUUCGUUGUGUACUCGUGUUCAACAAAAAGGUUUUAAUAAAAUAAUUAAAAGAAAGAAGAAGAAAAGUGAAAACAUGUGGAAGAGUGGAUAGUCGGUAAAUCUACCGCCGG